AUGACAAAAGUUUAUUCAUUAGGUAUUAGAAGAGAAGAUAAGAAUCGUUGGGAAAGAAGAGCACCAUUAGCGCCAUCCCAUGUUGAAGAAUUAGUUAAAAAAGGUAUUAAAGUUAUUGUUCAACCAUCAACUCUUAGAAAUUAUCCAAAUGUUUUAUAUGAGAAAGCAGGAGCAAUCAUUCAAGAGGAUUUAAAAGAGUGUGAUGUAAUUGUAGCAGUAAAAGAAGUACCAAGUGAAUAUUUAUACAAUGAUAAAACCUACAUUUUCUUCUCACACACCAUCAAAGCUCAACCAUACAAUAUGGCAAUGUUGGAUGAAAUUAACAAAAAACGUAUUCGUUUAAUCGAUUAUGAACGUAUCACUGAUGAUCAAAAUAGAAGAUUAGUUCGUUUCGGUUCUUUUGCUGGUUAUGCUGGUAUGAUUGAUAUGCUUCAUGCAUUAGGUGAUCGUUUAUUAGCAAAAGGUUUUUCAACACCAUUCUUGCAUGUUGGUUAUUCAUAUGUAUAUUCAAAACUUGAAAGUGCAAUGGAAGCAGUUAAAGCAAUUGGUGAAGAGAUUUCACAAGUUGGUUUACCAGAUGACCUUUUACCAUUUACUUUUGCUUUUACUUCAGAUGGUGCUGUAUCACAAGGUGCACUUAAAAUCUUUAAAUUAUUACCACAUAAAAUGGUUACACCAGAUGAAAUGGUUGAAUUAGUUAAAAAUAAGAAGGGAGAAAGAGGUAUUUUAUAUGGUACAAUUAUUACAUCAGAACACAUGGCAGCACCAAUUGAUCCAGAAAAGAAAUUUAAUAAAGCUGAAUAUUAUGCAGAUCCAAGUAAAUAUAAACCAAUCUUUUGUGAGAAAUAUGCACCAUACAUAUCAUGUAUUAUCAAUUGUAUGUAUUGGGAUGCCAAAUAUCCACGUUUAAUCACAAUUAGACAAAUGGAAGAAUUGGUUGAAACUAACAAUAGUAGAUUGAUUGGUGUUGCUGAUAUCUCUGCCGAUGUAAAUGGUUCAUUGGAAUUCUUAAUGACAACCACUUCAAUCGAUUCACCACUUUAUAUCUAUGAUCCAAGAACUCAAGAAGUUCAUGAUCCAACCACUGAUCAACAAUAUAUGUAUCGUGAUGGUAUCUUAUUUUUAGCAGUUGAUAAUUUACCAACUGAAUUCCCAAAAGAAGCAACUCAAUGGUUUGGUGAUCAUCUUUUAAAAUUUAUGGAACAAGUUGUUAAAUCAGAUCCAAAAUUACCAUAUGAAAAAAUGACAGAUAUUGCACCAGAAAUGAAAAGAGCAAUUAUUACAUGUCAUGGUUCAUUAACACCACCAUUUGAAUAUAUUACUGAACUUAGAAAGAAGAGAGAAGAAUUAACAACUAGAAUUUUAAUUUUAGGAGCAGGUUCAGUAUCAUAUCCAACCAUUUCUUAUUUAGCAAGAAAUCCAAGUCAUAAAUUGACAGUUGGUGAUGUUUCAAUUGAACAAUCAAAGAAGGCAGCAUCCUAUGAUCCAGAAUGUCAAACUGUAGUUAUCGAUGUUAAUGAUCAAGAGAAAUUGGAUGAAAUUGUAAAGAGACAUAGAGUUGUUGUGAGUUUACUUCCAGAUGAACUCACAAUAUUGGUAGCCAAAUCAUGUAUUCGUCAAAAGAAACAUAUGGUUUCACCAGGUUAUAUGAGUAGCGAGAUGGAAGCACUCGAUAAGGAUGCCAAAGAAGCUGGUAUCACUCUCUUGAAUGAAAUGGGUUUGGAUCCAGGUAUCGAUCAUUUGGAAGCUUGCAGAGUCAUUAACGAUGCCACAAACAAGGGUGGUAAAGUCAGAACUUUUGUCUCUUGGUGUGGUGGCUUACCUGCACCAGAAUCAUCCGAUAAUCCAUUGGGCUAUAAAUUCACUUGGUCACCAAAAGAGAUUAUCUCUGGUGUUACCAAUGAUAGUAAAUUCCGUCGUGAUGGUCAAGAUAUCUACAUUCCAGGUAGUGAGGUCUAUAAAAGAGUUCAACCAGUCGAUAUCUUCCCAGCAUUGUCAUUAGAAGGUGUACCAAAUAGAGAUUGUCUUCAUCUUACCAAGACCUAUGGUAUUGAGAGUGUAAAUACUCUUUUCCGUGGUACCAUCCGUUAUAAAGGUUUCUGUCAAGUCAUGGAAGCUGCCGUCGAAAUUGGUCUAUUGGAUACCACUAGCAAAUCACAUCUCGCCCCAUCCGCCCCACCAAUGUCAUGGAAUCUCGCAAUGCGUCAUAUCUUACCAAUUCCUCAAAGUGAAGGUAUUCCAACUCAAGAACUUUUAAGAAGAAAACUUAGAACUAGAAGAGGUUAUCCUUCAAAAGGCUAUGACGAUGAUAAGAUUACCUAUAUCCUUUACGUCUUUGAGUGGUUAGAUAUCUUUAGUGAAAAGAAUAAUGUCGCUCAAUGUGGUAACUAUUUCGAAGCUUUCACAGAGUUAUUGAAAACUAAACUCAAUCUCUUACCAUCAGAAAGAGAUUUAAUCAUUUUACAUAAUGUCGUUGGUAUCGAAUGGGAUGGUGGUAAACAUGAAACUAAAACUUCAACACUCGUUUACUAUGGUUCAAAAGAUCAAUCUGCUGUUAGCACUGUAGUUGGUUUACCAGUUGCUAUCGCAGCUGAAUUAUUGGUUGAAAAUCAAAUUAAAGAAGUUGGUGCAAUUAGACCAAUCACUAAAGAAUUUUAUAAACCAAUGUUAAAAUCACUUCAUAAUGAAGGUAUUUCUUUUAUUCAUAGAAGUGAAUUUGAUAAAAUUUAA